UUGAAGUCGUCGACAUUUGUAAAGUUUUGAGAAGUUUGUAAAACAAUUAAAACGUUCAAAACUAACUUGUAAAGUGAUGAUCUUAAGUGUUUGUAGCGUAGGAUUAAGAGUUAUGUUGAUAGGAUUCGAAAAAACAACAUGAAAAGUAGUUUAAGUGAAGUUUUUUGUCAUGUUUCGUGUUGAAUAACUGUUUAUUGUUUUGUGUAGGUGGCUACUCGUAUGUGGAUCGGUUUGCCCAAUGUGAAAGUGUAUUUUCGCAUUAAAAUUAGAUCCCAUUGUUUAAAACUUUCCGGCUAACUGUACUACUGAGAAAAUAUCAAGUAAACACCUUGUGUAAAUUUUUCAUUCGAGUUUUAAUGUGAUGUGUUAAAUUGGUGACUUAUGGUUCACCACAUCUUCGAAACCAGUAACUUUAGUGUGACAAUGAAUGUGCCAUCAAAAGAAAAUGUGGGAAUCAUAUCUUCAGACGAAGGCGGCGGCAGUUCGGACUCGCGGUCGGACAGCAGCGAGGACGAAGUGACGGAGCACGUGGCCGCCCGCGCCGCGCCGCCAGCCAUGGCCGCCGCCAGGGCACAGGUGCCCACCAUAAGCGUGACGCCGCAUAGUCCAGGUGUGCUCGACGAUAGUCUUCAACAGCUACGACGCCUGCAUGCGGCGGUGCAGCGCAUGCGAGCAGCGCCUUUACCUUUAUUGGCAACGGGCUCAAGUCGUCUCAGUACGUCAUGCCCCUCGCUGUGCAAAGACGGGGUGGUCGAGCAGGAAUGCUCAUCGCCAACACAUUUGGAUUUCUACCCGCAAAGUCGCAAAGGCAGCGGUGAAUCUCGACAAUGGGGCCUUUGGGACCGUCGCGAUGAGGGUCGCCGAAGUUCGUGGGCCGCUCUGGAGCCCACCGCGCGGGUACCAGAGGCGCAGCGACAACGCAGCGCCCUCAACGGGCACAGCGCGUCUCUAUCGUCGAUGGAGUCGGAGGGCGAGGUGCCGCGACCAGUCCGACAUUCCACACAUUCCUUGAAUGACAAUGAUUUUGCUAAAGACUUCGAGAAAGUGACGGCAGCAUUACGCGCGGCGGCGGGCGAGCCUGCCACUAGCAGCAGCAACACAGCGAGGCUGUUGCCGCGGUUACCGCUACAGAAGUCUGUGUCCACGCCCAGCAUUGUGGCCGCCGUCCAUCCCACGCAACCGCCUCCCACUGCCAACGCCUUAUCCACGGGAGGUGCGAGCGAGACGGAGAGUGACGAAGACGCCUCAGCCACGAGUGCGAGCGCGACCGCACAGGGUAUCAGCAGACGGAACAAUACUCACCAGGAACACCUCGGGUUGCAUCGCUUGGCAUUCUUGGAACAGGCGGCGUAUGAACACCACGCGGAGAAACGGCGAAAAAGAGGCAGUUUAUUCUUUAGGAAGAAAAAGGACAAAUCCCGGAAGGCCGCGCACGCAUGGCAAGCGGCGGUGACGGGCGGACACUGCGACUGGUGCGCGCGGGAGCUGGCCGACAAGCCCGCCUUGUAUUGUGACAAUUGUACCAUGACCGUACACCAGAAUGUAUGCAAGGACUACAUUGUGGAAUGCAAUAAACCUAAAUCUUCCAAGACCUCCGUGGCGAAAUCUUUGAGUGCCAGCGGAAAAAGCAGUAAACGGAGUUCCGUUUCCGGGCAGUCGCAAACCUCAAAUAGCACGGGCCAUAUUUAUAACGACGAAAAGGACGGAUCAGACCACAAACACGACGCAAGCAAUGCAUCAGACGACGCGGGUGCGUCAGAGUGGCCUGAAGUGUACUUAACUCCUGACCAACUUGGCGACGAAGCGGUGUUAUUGGGUCUUGGCGCUUCAGAACCCGACACUUGGGCCGCUGGAGCGCCUAAGGGACUUGCCAAGUCCAUUGGUGAUAGAGAAACAAAGAGGCAGGAGCACAUCUAUGAAUUAAUAUUAACUGAAAAACAUCAUUGUCUUACAAUAAGGCUGAUGCAAAAGAUGUUCGCGGACGGUAUGGCGCGACUGGCAGUCGUUUCGGAGUCGCAAGUCGCGCGAAUGUUCCCACGGUUGGACGAGCUGUGGGCCUUACACGCGGCGUUGCUCGCGCGACUGCGGGCGCGGCAGCGGACGGCGCCGCGCGUCAACACCAUAGCCGACAUACUCGCUGAGACCUUCGCUCCACCAGCUCAUCAUAGACUAAAGGCCGCGUACGGUGAAUUCUGCGCGAGGCAUCGAGACGCGGUGGAGGUGUUCAAAGAGUGCUGUGCAAGGGAACCGAAAUUAUCACGAUUUAUACGAAAGUGCCAACAAAACCCACUUCUUAGGAAAAAGGGCGUACCUGAAUGCGUACUGUUCGUCGCACAAAGGCUAACCAAAUACCCGCUACUAUUGGAGCCAUUACUCAAAACGGCAGGCGACGAUGUCGGCGAGAGAGAAUUGCUACAGAAAGCGCUUUGUGGAGUUAAGGAAAUCCUAGUCGACGUAGAUAACCAAGUGGCAGCUAAGGAGAGAGAAGACCGGAAGUUAGAGAUAUACCACCGUAUAGACGCCAAAUCGUUCGCCAACUUCAGAGGACGCAAGUUUAAGAAGAGUGACAUAUUGCAAGGCAAUAGAAGUUUAAAGUUCGAAGGCGUGUCGACGUUGAUGCAGGGCCGCAGCAAGAUGCAGACGCUACUAGUAAUCGUUCUGACGGACGUGCUGUUCUUUCUGCACGAUAACAACAACAAAUACACCUUCUUCACGCCCGAUAACAAGACGGGCGUAGUGUCACUAUGGAAACUGUUAGUGCGAGAGAAGGCAGGCGCGGAAGGGCGAGGUCUGUACCUGAUCUGCAACGGACCUCCUGAACCGGAGAUGUUCGAACUGCGAGUACAUCGCCCUAAGGACAUCAGCGUGUGGAUACACGCUAUCAGAGGUGCAGUACAAAGUUGUCCCGAGGAAGUGGAGGAGUCGGAGGCGGGCGCCGCCGCCACCGCGGAGGAGAGGCAGCGACAGCUGGAGGCGAGGCAUGAGAAUAUAAGACUGAUUACCGACGAAACUCCGUGGUGGCAUAUCGAAGAGGCUUUAAGAGCAAAGGAUCGUGAGCACGCGCAGCUUCUUGAAGAAAAAAUGGCGCUGCAUAUGAAGAUGGUCGGACACACCGGCUCGUCUACUUUGGAUGUGCCAAACACAGGCAUGUCAUCCAUGUUCCCGGGCGGGCUGGUGUUCCCGGACUACGUGCGUCUAGCGGCGCCGUCGCCGGACACGCACGCACUUUGGCAGGAAGUCUGCAAAGUUGUCAAGGAUGCGCUAGAAGCGUCGAGUAGCGGCUGGGCGCAACUGGCGGGCGGCGCGGCGUUGGGGCGCAGCACUAGCUCCGCGGGGGAGCGGCACUCCGCCACCUACCAGAGCCCGGCCCUGCCGCGCCGAGCCGAUACCUUCGCAGGCUUCGACGCACAACAACACCGAGGCGUAACGGUUCGUAUGUCUACGUCCGACACGCCGCCAGAAGCGCGCGAAGGUGAUCCGCAGAGCGAGGCGGCGCGGGGACGAGACGAAGCGGACGCGGCGCUCAAACUGCAGCACGCGAUAUACACGUUGGCUUGUAUCGUGUGGCAACAGCUCACUACUAUACACAGUCUAGAAGCGCAAGUGUGCGCGUGGAGGUCGGUAGGGGCGGGCGGGGCUGGAAGGGCACACGAUGCGCAGUUAGAGGAGUUGAGGCACGCGCAAGCCAGAUUGACUGCCGAGAGAGCCAACUGGGAAGCGCAGAGGGCUGCUGACAGAGAUACACUUGAACAUGAGCGGAGGCAACUCCAAGUGGCUCGACAGGAACUCGAAGAACAACAAAAGGAUGUGGAACAGCAAAGGGAGAGGUUAUACCGACGGCUGGAGAGACUGCAACAACACGGUGGUUCACAAGAAGAGAUAGCCAGUGUCGGUACACUGUCGCCGGAUUCCAGCGUUAGCGAUACGAAUCGACGGAAAGAGCCCAAAUGGAGAAAUAACCGCGGCUCAACGGGCUCGGAGUCGUCCACAAGUGCUUGCAGCGUCAGAGGCGCGGCCUUACCGCCGCCGCAGCUCCUGUCUGCGCAGAACGAGACCAGAGCCACCGUUCGGGCACCCGCCAUACAACAAAUGGUGAAACAACAGUUACCACUGAAGCUGGCGAGUGGCAAGACUCAGCAGCAGGCGCCGCCUGGCUACCACCGUCUACACGAGUCGCCUUGCGAGACGCAAGGGCUAGUGAUACACCACACCCGCACUGGCAGUUCACCCGCACCGCUGCCCUCGCACCAGCAGCAGCAGCUCAACAAUAAAGCUACAAGGACAAACACAUACCCAAAGCUCCCGGACAAGUUCCGGGUGCGGUCGCCGGACACGCCGCUGGUGGCGCCAUCGCCCGCGCCCGCGCCGCACGCGCCCGAAGAAGAGGUGAUAUACUUCUGACAGGCGCGCUCGCACAGCGACAACACGCGCUCCUGAGACUGCCGGAUAUCUUAAACCCCUCCUGCGAUCAAUAGUGUGAUGUUCCCAGACAAGUUCCGAGUGCGAUUGCCGGAAACUAGUGGCGCCGUUACACAUACCUGAAGAGGAUGUCAUAUGCUUGUGGCACAUGCACUCGCCAAGCGCUCUGAGACUGCCGGAUAUCUUAAGGCUCUCUUCACAUCAAAGUGUAAAGUGCGGUCGCGGCCUCGCAAACGCUUUUUGUAUACAAAAUCACUAAUAGAAUUCUCACUUUGUUAUUAACUAGUGUUUUUCUGUCCACGUAGACGCAUGAUUGUUCUAAAAGUCUACACAACUGAGCCACACGCCAAAGCCACACUUGGCGAUGACAAACCGAAUUACUGCUUUCGUAUGUCUUUGGUAACCUUAAUAUGGAGUGCAGUAGGAUGGCAAUGACGCAGCAGUGCUGUUUUUUCGGGACUAUUUCAUCGUACCUUAGUUAAACAGAUGGAUAAUGUGUCAUAACACCACCUCGUCGUGUCUAUUGAAUUAAUUGAUGAAAAACAACCACAACACACUUCAAGUUAAGUAUACAAGCAAACGAUUACAUUAAAAAUUCUUGGAGUGACCUGUUUUAAGGUAGUACAUAGAUAUCGCUGGUCGUGCGCCACGUGUGGCUUUGGCAUGUGGCCCGUUUGCGCCGAACCUAACAAUCGCUGAACCCAAUCUCCAGAAAAUGUAAAGCAUUAUUAAUAAUCUAAUUCGUUGACAAACCAUUUUAUUGAAUGAAAAUCGAAAUUAACGCUGCGGGAGUCCUCUAGGGGUUCUAUUCGAACUGACUUGACGCAAUGUCAUCAAAGUGAAAGUGAAAUGAAAUGACAUUUAUUUGCUGAAUAUGAGUAAAUGUUAUUAUGUGAUAAUGAUUAAUCAUACGACUACCGCGAAAGUAAAAAAAAAAAACGAAAUAUGAAGUGUCCCAUAUAAAUUGGAUAUUAAUUAGAACAAAAAUUAUUAAAUUAAUUAAAAGUGAACAAGUGAGUGAAUAUUGCUCUCGACUUAGAGCGGCGCACUCAUCCGAUCCGAAUCCGUCAAAAUAUAAAAACCGGACUGAAUUCGAAUAUUGCUUAUUCACUAAUCCGGUCUCUGAUCUAAAUGCAAGCUAUUCAGUGCACAUCUUUGACAUAUCUACGUCAUAUGUCCGAUUUGAAUCCGAGGCACAUCCGAGAUAUUCUCACGGAGUACGGAGAAAUAUCGGAUGACAAAAGUCGGAUCAAGUGCUUAAGCUACCAUACAAAAUAACUUCUGUAUGUUAUGGUGUUAUGCCAUAUCUACAAAAGAUGUUGAUUUCUCUGUUGAAUCGCAGCUGAAAACCAGCAUUUUGCCCAUUUAGUAUUAUUCAUUUCUUUAUAUUGUUUUAAAAUUGUAACUAUCUACUUAUUAAUUUAUAUAUUUUUCAACUAUGUACUAUCAUAACUAUACAGUUCCUAAAAUUAAAAAUGCAGCUGCAAUGUCAUUAUCUAUGGUGUCAUUAAAAUAAAUAUUUGAUGUCCUAGUCAGGUCAAAAAAAAAAAUUAACUUGGAAUAACGCAGGCAGCUAUACUAUUAUUCAUAAAAAAAACUAAACUUACGGCAGAAAUUGAAAAAAUUAAUCUAUCUGUAAUCUAUCAACGUACUCAGUUUAAGAUGAAUAAUUACAUUGCUAAGUAACUUUUUGACAGAUUACAGAUAGGAUAGAACUUAUAAUAGGAUAUUUAAACAGUAAAAACAAUUUUGAUCUCGUUUUACUUUAUUAAAUACGGAAAAAAAUAUAUAUUUUGAUAUACAACGAUAUGGCCAGUCUAAAUAUGCGCGUCUGUUUGCUUAAUUUAACUAUGUAACUCAAAAAGAAUGAUUGAACAUUCCACAUGCCUAUUAUAAACUUCAACCAAAUCCUUGGUGUCUGUAUUUUAGGUUUUCUUAUUUGAAGCGAAUUAAAAUAUUUUGGAAAUCUACUGUCAAGAAUCAUCACAUAUUAUAAGUUUAAAAUCAGAAGGUCUCCGAUUCUCUGUUAUUGAAAUAAUAAGUACGCACGGUUAAUUUUCUGACGUUUUUGACACCCCUUGAUACAAGAACUCAGUUUGACGUCACGAUUAAUAGCGUCGGGGUACACCUACAGUGUGGAUAACAACUGAAACUCUGUUUUAUUGCUUUAGCAUACGGUUCAAUUUGGUAUAAAUAAGUAAAGAAAACUAAACACGUCCGCGCGCUGCUUUGAUUCGUGUUUUACCAAUUUCAACCGUAUGUCAAAAUGAAUAACGCUGAGUUUCAUAUGUUAUCGAAGCCACCUUCAAAGCUUUCGAUUUGAUAAUUAAUAGCGAAUAGGAUCCUUUUGUUUUGAUCUUAAGAAUCAAAUCGAAUUUUAAUUAAUUUAGGACAAUUUUAACCUAUCUAGUAUUAAAUAAAUUGUUAUAAUAAUUAAUGAUUGAAGAAAUUAUUGUAAAUAGCAUCUCGUUACAUGUAUAAUUGAAGUUUGACGUAGAGUAGGGGCUUUGAAACAAAUGAAAAUUAUUCAAGCGUCGUAUAUAAAAAAAAUUGGACGCUAACUUGGUACUAAUGUCUAUGGAUAUUAAGUCUUUUAGAUAAUAUGGUAUGAUUAUUAAAAUAAUUAUUAUUAGAUUUGUGUCAUAGUAAUCAUUAAAUUGUGAAAUGAAAAUUCUUCCCAUAUUUAUUUCUUAAUAUAAGAUACCUACCCAUUUUAUUAAUUGAAAUUAUUUUAAUUACCUAAUUCAGAAUAAUAUUUAGUUCAUUUCAUUAAUUUCAAAUGCAUAAUGUAUAAAACUAAAGAUACAAACCUACUUUUAACUAAAUAGUUGAUAAAGGGUCUCAAGAAAAUGUACGGUUAUAAUCGUUAAAGUACUAAUCUAUGAUAUCUACUAGUUAAUAUAAAGAUGUUAAUAAUUAAAAACAUAUUAAUUUUUUGACAGAAAAUUAUAUUAUUACAUGUAAAUGCAAAAUAUGUAAUAGAAUUUGCUACAAAAAAUUUAGUGUGAAUUUAAUUCAUGGCAUUGAAUUUAUUAUGAAAAGUAUAUAAAAAAAUCAAUAUUUAAAACAAUAUAUUAUAACAGCCACAUUUUAUUAUAUCUAAAAGCACUCAGUUUUAAAGAAAUAGUAUCAUUAUAAUUAUUAUAUUUCUACCACACACAACUUUACACUUUUAAAUACUUCGAUUUUAACAAAAAUAUAAACACUAUUUUCUUUUAUAUUUACACCUACAAAUCAGAUAGAAACAAUUUGUAUAUAAGGUCGACCAAAAACAGAUUUUAGAGAUGCAUAUUAUAAAAAUACAAAAUUAUUUUUUAGUUUGGUUUUCUUUGAAUAUAAUAUUACGAUUUUAGUGCUUGGUCAACUUGAAAAGAUCGGUGUGAUUAGGUGACCACUUUUUUAAAUACUUAUGACAAAUAGUUGACAAAAGUAUGACAAUAUGUCGGAGAUUCAGCCUAGGAAAAUUGGUCAUAUAAUCGUAUUGGUCGUUAUUAUAGAUUACUGUUAUAUAAUAUGUAAAUAUGUUGAAAUUUUAUCACUUAAAGUAUGUAAUAGGAUGUUAUAUUCGAUAAUCAAGUAUUUAACUCUUAUACUUACAUCUGAGAGUGGCAAUUGCAUGUUUGUUAUUAAUUCUAUCUUUGACGCGUAUUUUUUCAUAGUCUAAGUAGUUCUAAUACAUUCCUUAAGAUAUAAUAUGAUUUGACCAAUAUUUUUAAAAUUUAAGAAUCUUACUAGUUUUAUAGUAUUUCUUACCGUUUCUUUUCGAUAUACGAAAAGAUUGGAAAUGAUGGUAGAUUACUUGAACUGUAUACUGAUUUCCGAUGUUAUAAGCGAUUUGUUGUGUUCAUUUGCGUACAGGAUUAUUCUCCUCAUUCCAAAAAGAAUCAAUCUACUUUAUAACAUACAAUUGCUAGUCUUAUGCAUUUAUUCUAAGAUUGUUUGCAGAUAUUCUGCUUAAAUUAAACACUUUUAGGCUUACCGUUUAAGAAGCCAGGCCAUAACAAAAAAAAAUGUGAGAAGGAUAGAUUAAUCCACUGUACUGUUCCGAGAAAGAGAUGGCAAUAAAGCAGUGUUGGCCGCGACAACAAAAAAUAAUUUCAUGAAAUGUAUAAAAAAUAUAUAGGUAUAGAAAAACUAAUGAGUAGUAUGAGUGUGUUUCCAGCAUUAUUGUUGUCGGAAUAUCUGCAGACGGUUGUUGUUUAUCUCACAAAGUAUAAUAUUGUUGUUAACAAGAACUCAUGAAGACUAUUGUAAACUAUUUUUCGUGCAUUUACUGUAAUCCUUUUUACUGUUUAGUCUAUGAGAGCGGUGAUAUUUUGAACUAUUGUCUCGUUUAAGACACCUUUCGUACUAUGUAUAUAUAUUGAUGUUGAUGUUUGAAUAUAUUAUGUAAGAUAUCUAUUCUAUACGCUUUGUAAAGGUUAAAAAGUUGAUUAUGACUAUAUUGACCAACCAACUUUCUUUAAAGCAAAAAAAGGCAGGCAAAAAUGCCGAUCAUAAUGCAGACCUAAAACUGUCUACGACUAUCAAGGGAACACAGAAGUAAAAUACUCCGUCAAGUGCGAGUUGCACUCGGACACGAAGGGUUCCGUACCGUACAAGAAAUAACGCUUUUUAAAUUAAUUUUGAAUUUCAUGGCGGCCAUUUUGAAAAUUUUAUUAUUUGUUGUUAUACCGGCAAUAGAAACACAUUCUGGGAAAAAAUCUCUCAGCCCGCUGACAGACGGAGGGACGGACAGCGGGUGGUUUAGUAAUAGGGUCCCGUUGGCAUUCGGCAUUCGGGUACGGAACUUUAAAAAGCAGUAAAAAAACAGUUAGCAGGAUCUAUUAAGUUCUGCCUAUUACCGUUUCGAUGGGGUAAUAAUUUUAAUAAGGAACUAUUAACAUAGGGAAUAUGGAAUGAUCGGGUGUUUUAGAGCGAGGACAAGUCUAAAAAUUGUAGCUGAGUUUGUUAGAAGAGCGCGGUAGCUGCGCGAAAAAGUCGUAGAAUUUCCGCACGUUAUAUUCUGCUCGCGGAAUUCUGCUAGAUUUGUCCGUAGCUCGUAUAACAUGAGAGAUUUGAAAAGACUGGGAGAAUUAUUUAGCUAUCGAUGCCACUGCCAACGAUCUAUAUUCUAGAGUUC